AUGCCGCCAUGCGCGUCGCUUCCUCUAUUGGCCGGCAGAAUCACCCUGUCGGAAGCCCUCGACGCUGAAGAUGACAUCCUGGAGAAGCUGUCGUACCCCGAGAAGCGGCUGGACUUUUGCAGCCAUCUCCACGCCCAUGCCGACGAGAUUGAAACCAUUGUAUCGCACCAUCUCCACGUCUCCAGGGACUCGUGCCGGGCGCCGUGGGUCGACGAAUGGGUCCACGGUAGCUUCAAUAUUGGUGAAUCGACCCAUCCGGGUAACGCCGAUGAGAAACUCCGCUGCGAGGUUGCCACGUACGCCUGGAUCCAAGCCCACUGCCCAUGGGUCCCAAUACCCCGUCUCUGGGGGUUCGGCUUCCCCGGUGGCCCAAUUUUUACAGCCCUCGAUCGAGCGCCUCUUGUUUCGCAACUCGGAUGGUACAUACGACGGUCGUUGCUUUGGAUGCUAGGCAGGCCUUGUCCUUCCGGCUAUGUGACUUGUCCGCGUCGCCUCAACCUGUCGUCGGGUUACUUGGUGGUGGAUUUUGUGCAGCAUGGGCGCAUGCUUUCCGAGACUUGGGAUGCUCUGCGCCAAGACGACAACAGACGCAAGACCAUCCAUCGAGACAUAUCUCGCAUCAUGCUUGAGCUGGCCCGCGUUCCCUUCCCUCGGAUUGGGUCCCUGACCAUGGACAACCACGCUGUCGUUUCCCUGACAAACCGACCACUGACGCUCAAUCUCCACCAGCUCGAAAACGAGGGACUGCAGACAAACAUUGCCCGGGACCUGACCUACGCCACGGCCGACACUUACCUGCUGGAUCUGUUGGCCUGCCAUGACCAUCGAAUCCGUCAUCUGCCCAACGCCAUUCUCGACUACGCCGAUGGACAGUCGCAGCUCUCCGCCUUGACAAUUAUGCGUGCGCUCCUGCCACACUUUACCGAUCGCGAGCUACGGCAUGGGCCCUUUGUCCUCAUGCUCACGGACCUGCACCCGAGCAAUAGGGCCUGCUCCCGACCGGUCGAGAUGCUGCUUCCGCCGCACUGGCUGACGGGCCGGGCCAUUGACCAAAUCACGGGCGAGCAUCUGGUCGCGUAUGGGCAACGACUCGACGAGUUUGUUUCCGUGUUUGAGGAGGAGGAGAAGACGACGGCGGCCCGCGAUACAGGUAGCGUCGUCGCCUACGCGGAUGCGAUGCGGACUGCAUGGGAGACGGGGCGCUUUUGGUACAUGAGCGCCGUAGAGGCCUCGACCGGGCUCUACAACCUGUUCCUGCAGCAUAUCCAGCCCAUCUACGGAGAUGCGGCCACGGAGCCCUGGAAAGAGUUUGAGCGGCUGGUGGCGCCCUACUGGGCCCCCGGGUCGUCCGAGUUGAUCUCCCGAAAGGUGCACGAGAGGGAACGCUACCUGGAGCAGAUACGCGAGGCCUUUGGACGGGGGGCGAGCGAGGGUUGA